AUGAGUUCUAAACCGCUCAUCGCCAACGAAGUUUUGGCAUUCAUGAAUCAUGCCAUCGAUUAUAUGGAUGAGGUCAGCAUCGUGCAGAUCUGCAGAUCAGCCUACAAAGAGGACGAGGUUUGCAGUGCAAAGCUGCUGCUCUUCAUGUCGCUCGGACAACUCAAGCAGAUGCCAUCCCGCCGAAGGGACGGUGGGGACAAGAGCCUGCAGGAUAUCAUCUCCCUGCUGAAGAGGACAGAUCCUGAUGACGUGCCUGAGUUCGUGGACUUGCAUAAGCUGCUUCCCGUCACGUUCGAUCACGGCGAUAUCACCAGGCUGUUGAAAGACAUAACGUGUCUUAAGGCGAGCCUGGAAGAUAUGAAGUCCAAGAUGGAAGCUUCACAGAUCACAACACCAUCAGUGACCUGCGUGGUGAAGUAG